AUCACCAUCAGCCCCUGAGGGUUUUGAGUUACUAUAAAAUCAUUCAAACAGAAUUAGGGGUUUAGGAGAUUUCUCUUCUUGUACUUCCAUGGCUUUCUGGGGAGUUGAAGUGAAACCCGGAAAACCGUUCACUCAUAUAGCUGAUAAUGCAAGAGAUAGGCUUCACAUUUCCCAGGCAACACUUGGGACUGGUAAUGCUACUAAGAAAAGUGUAGUUCAGUGUAAUGUAGGAAACAAGAGUCCUGUUUUCCUAUGCUCUUUGUUUCCUGAGAAGGCCGAGUCUUGUCAAUUGAAUUUGGAAUUUGAGGAGGCUAAUGAGGUUGUGUUUUCAGUUAUUGGCCCUCGAAGUGUUCAUCUCACUGGUUACUUUUUGGGUAGUGGUGGUAGGCACUAUAAUCUUAAUGACGAAUCCGAAUCCUAUGGAGAAGAUAUUGCAGACACUGAAACAGAAAGAUCUACGGGCCGUAGUGAUGAAGAUAAGUAUGAGGAUAGUUUUAUUGAUGACAGUGAUCCAAAGCUCUUCCCACCUUCUCCUCUUUCUGGUGAUAAAGUUCAAGAAUUUGAAGUGACACCGGACAAAAGAAAACCUAAGAAUGUGAAGGACAGCCAUAAACGACUUAGGAAGAAGUACCAAUUGAGUGAGACUGAUGAUGAUGUUGGUGCUCAAGAACAUACCAAUGCCAAUGAUACAACGGCGCUGGACAGCGAAAGUGAAGACAUGUUGCCAAUUUCCUCCCUUUGCAAGGGUAGUCCUGCUACUAGGACAGGAAAAUUGGAAGCUGAAGAAAGAAUUGAGAAAAAUCGUGAUACCAAUCCUGCUACUGAGAAUGGAAAAUUUGAAGCAGAAGAAAAACCUGACAAGAAAAGAUGUGAGACAAUCAACUGUGACACCAAGGAAGAGCAUUAUUUUACUAUAAUGGAAAGAAAAGUUGAUGCUGUUGACAAUGCUGAGCCCAAAAGGCCUAACUCAGGUGAUUUUGUGCUGCCUGCUGUUGUGGUGAUCCCUGAAAAUGGUGCGAAGCCAAAGAAGAAAAAGAAAGCACGGUCUAAAGGGGUAAAAGAUAUCAAUACUGAUGGUUGCUGUAAUGUCCUUGAAGAGGAUAAAGCCAAGCAAAAUGAUGCAGAGGCUGACAAAAAGGUUCAAAAUUUGUCUCUGGGAAAUGAAGAAAAUGAAAAGACUUCUAAUUAUGAUGGCAACAGUGCUGACCUGCCACCUGAUUCCAUGCCAGCUUCUACCCAGAUGGGUCCUGAAAGUGAUGCAAAGCCAAAGAAGAGGAAAAGGAAAGACCAUGCAGAGAAAAGCUUUGAAGCUGACAGUAAUUACCAUACCAAUGUUACAAUAGAGGAUAGCGCCUUGCAAGAUGAGGUGAAGCCCAACAGCAUGGACCAGGAUCUGCCUGUGAGAAAUGAGCAAAAUGAGAAACAAGCUAAUGAUAAGAUUUCUGACAAUGAUGUUCAAUCAGCUGGUGAAAAUCCAUCUGAGGAGAAGAAAAAGAAAAAGAAGAAAAGGAAAACCAAUGAGGAUGGAAAGAUUACAGAUAUGGAAAUAUCUCUGCUAUCUAGGGAUGAAAAGAGUGGAUUAGUUACGGAUACUGAAAAGAGUUCUGAUAGCAAGUUAUCUCAGCUUAGGACCUUGUCUAAUGAAGUGGUAAUUGAGGAGCUAGAAAAGGGACAAUCAGAUGGUAAAGUCGCCACCUCGGGAAAAAAGAUCAGUGUACUCUACACUGGGAAAUUAAAGGAGAAUGGACAAGUGUUUGAUUCCAAUCUUGAUGGCACUCCAUUUAAGUUUCGCUUAGGUGGGAAGGAUGUCUUAGAUUGUUUCAAUGUUGGUCUUGAAGGCAUGCGAGUUGGUGAGAAAAGAAGGAUCUUUGUACCUCCAUCAAUGGGUUAUGGAAGUGAAGGAGAUGGUAAGAAUGUUCCACCAAACUCAUCACUGGUGUUUGAUAUGGAAUUAGUGAAAGUCCAUAAAUGAUUUUGCUGCGCCGCCUGUGAUACUGUCUAUAUAUUAUAGGGUUGAAUUCUGAUUUCGAGUGCAAACACCAACCCUGAAAUUUUUGUCAUGGAAAGCUUGGUUUCUGUUAAUGCUUGUUAUAGUUUUUUUAACUUGGCUUCAAGGCUGGUUGUAAAGAAUAGUUUUGAGUAUCAUUCUCAUACACUAAAGAGUCAUAUAGACGAUCUAUAUCCAUUUUUGUAUUUGUUCAAGCAUAUUUACAUUGGAA